UACAACGUGCGUGACUUCCUGCUGGUUUUCGUUUGACUGACAUGUGCACAUCUGUGACUAUCGGCCAGUGUUGGUCAGUCGUGCCCUCGCAAGAUGUCUCUUUUUCAUCGUUAACUCGUUUUACAAAACCGUCUUUCGCCAUUCAACAGAAAACAUUCUUUAAACUUGUAAAAAAUUGAAAGUCAAAUCUCACCUGUGAGACAUUGUUGAGUGAGGCAGUGACAAGUGUUACGAUCGCACGAUGUUUUGGUUGAAUUGUUGCCUGUUCKUAUCUCUAUUCCUGCGACUUUCUUCAGGUUUCUGUAACCCUCCCUGUUUUACUAUCACACCUAUAAGUCCUCUUCAAGUGACCCAAGGUGAAGCCAUCAUCAUCAGGUGGAAAUACUCAGCGAAUAUACCCCUACAGCUAGCGCAAUGGGGCUCAUUUGACAAAGAUGGGAAAAUCAARGUCUUGAUUGCGCAAAAACAUGGAAACAACAAGAUUGAGUAYUUCUCGUCAUACAAAGACAGGGCAAGCAUUGAGAAUGAUAACUCGUCUUUAAGACUCCUAGACAUGAAAUCUGAAGAUGCUGGUUAUUUUGGCUGUACGUUUAAAUUUCAAGGAGGGUAUGAAUUAAAAAACAUCACAAGACUUGAAGUGACAAGUAGCAGCGGGAAAGAUGCAACGCAUGACCAUCGUAAACUCUACUGGAUCUUUGUAGGGGUAGUGCUUCUGCUCGUUGUACUUGUAGUCAUCUACAUUUACCUUGAACGCAAGAAACGACAAAAACUACGACAACAAAGUGUAAAGACGACAAGCCGGCCUCAAUCUCAUGUCUUGAUAAACAUGGAGGAACUCGAUAGCGGGCAUCUUACAGAUAAUGACGAUAACUACCAUAUCAUUCCACCAGUCGGAUUCAAUCCCGCGAAUAGACAGUGGGAAAUCCCGCGGGACAAUAUCGUUGUUAUUAAGGUCAUUGGUAAAGGAGCAUUUGGUUUGGUUGCUAAGGGCAUUGUACAGUUGGAAAGUGAUACAAACAAUGUGAUUGUUGCUUUGAAAAUGUUAAGAAAAGACGCAUCAGAGGAAGAUAAACGUGAUUUCUUAGCGGAGCUGGAUUUGAUGAAAACUCUUGAUCACCAUCCUAAYGUCAUMUCGCUGUACGGAUGCGUCUCAAAAUCAGAGCCAUAUUACAUGAUCACGGAGUUUGUUCCCUUUGGCGAUUUACUGGGUCACCUUAGAAAGAGUCGCGGUCUAAAAGACACGUACUUCGAUGAUCCAGACAUCAAACCUGUCAGCUCGUUGACGUCCAGGCAGUUAUUUACUUAUUCAUGGCAUAUCGCAAACGGUAUGGCCUAUCUCUCGUCUAAGAAGAUUGUACAUAGAGACCUAGCAGCAAGAAAUGUCCUUGUUGGUGAAGGYGAAAUGUGUAAAAUCACAGAUUUUGGUCUUGCUCGAGAUGUACACCAGCAAAAUGUCUACACACGUACUUCAAAGGGUCGUCUCCCGGUGAAGUGGACUGCGUACGAGUCACUUUURUAUGGUGAAUGUACAACAAUGAGUGAUGUCUGGAGUUAUGGUGUAGUUCUUUAUGAAAUAUUUACAAUUGGUGGAUCACCUUUCCCAAAAACUGAAGGCAAAGAGGUCGUUAGCCUUCUGCAGGAAGGUCAGCGUAUGCCAAGACCAAAGCACUUGGACAAGGAACUAUAUGAAGUAAUGAUGGAUUGUUGGCAAGAGAAACCCGACCAGCGGCCAACAUUCGCAACUUUGAGGGAAAGAAUUAAAGAUAUGGAGUCAUUCCAUGAGCGCUACGUCAGRCUUAGUGAAUAUGACUCCAAACUUUAUGAAAAUCUGGACGAUCUUCAAGUUUGAUUCAACUUAUGUCAGUUGGAUGACCUGUGGCUUCACUAUAGAAACGUACACAAUUCACCAGCGCACGACGAAAUAUUUUAUAUUGAUUUGUAAAUAAUUUUAAAUAAUAAUUUUGAUAGCAAUUUGUAUCUAAAGUCAACUGUUUUAGAAUGUAUCUUAUCGGUCUUUAAAAGACAAAAAAUAGAAGUAUUAUAAGAUAGAUUCAAAGGAUAUUUUUAAAACGAAAACAAGGGGCCGCGGCUGCACAAAAAGASCACGUCACGGACAGCUUUUGUUCAUUAGUUUAAAGACAUUUAAAAUAAUAUUGAAAUAAAAUMAAAAUGGAUUUUAAGAAAUCA